AUGGGUGAAGCAAAUCCCCGCUCGAUACGAUUCCAAAUUCUUCCUGCGACGGCAGAUGACUUCUACGCUUUAGCGGAAGUGGAGGCUGUCUCAAAUCUUGCAGCAGCCAAAGUCGCACGGGAAUCAAACAUCACAUAUUUGAUGUUUGGCCACCCAAAGAGUGGAGAAUGCAACAAAGAUCGGGCAAGAGGUCUCAACGAAAUGCUACGCACCGACCCAGCCAUGAAAAACUACAAAGCUGUUGUCCAGGACGACAAUGGACAAGACAAGAUAGUUGCCUGGGCUCAAUGGGGCUUUUACACGGAGGUUCAGCCCAUCAAAGACUGGACAGAUAGGGAGUGGCCGGAAACUGCCAAUGCGGCUGCUUGUAAUGGAAUAAUUGCAGAGAUUUCCUCUGCAAGAAAGAAGCAUAUGUCUGGAAAAACGCAUGCGUUUUUGCAGGUUCUUGCCACGCUCCCUGAAUAUCGCUGCCAAGGUAUCGCAUCUACCAUGCUUAAGCAGGGCAUUUCAGAAGCAAAGGAGAAAGGAUUGAAUGAUUUCUUCCUGACCGCUUCUGCUGAUGGUCAUGACCUAUAUGUGAAGUAUGGCUUCCGAGACAUUGAACACCUGGACAUGGAUCUUGAAAGGUACGGUGGCGUUGGUGACGCCAGGAUCAUUGCAAUGGGGCGUUUUGAUUAA